GGAUUUAAAGAGUUUACCAGGCACAGAAUCCUCCCUUCCCUCCUGUCCCACCCCACCCCCAUCCCUCGAUUGGCCGGUGGCUCCUGGUUUUGUCGGACAAUAAAGCCAGGCUGGGUCUAGCUCUGGCCCGAAUGUGCACAUUCCAUCUUUACGAGUCAUAGAUGAGCGUUUUCGGGACACCGUUAGAUAUGACUGACGGAGACCGGGAUCUGGCAUACCUGGUGACAGGGGGCUGCGGCUUCUUAGGGGAACAUGUGGUUAGGCUCUUGCUGGAGCGGGAAUCCCGACUCAGAGAGCUUCGGGUGUUUGACCUUCACCUGGGGCCCUGGCUGGAGGCGCUAAACUCUGGGCCCGUGCAGGUGAUCCCAAUCCAGGGGGAUGUGACUCGAUCUGAGGAUGUGGUGGCAGCUGUAGCCGGAGCCCACAUAGUCAUUCAUAUAGCCGGGCUGGUGGAUGUGUGGGGCCUCGUGGACCCAGAGGUCAUCUACAGGGUUAAUGUGCAGGGGACUCAGAAUGUGAUUGAAGCCUGUGUGCAGACUGGAACUCGGUUCCUGGUGUACACUAGCAGCAUGGAGGCCCUGGGGCCCAACAGCAAGGGACAUCCGUUCUACCGGGGCAAUGAGGACACCCACUAUGAGGUAAUACAUAAAGAGCCCUAUCCUCGAAGCAAGGCCCAGGCAGAGAGGCUGAUCAUUGAGGCCAAUGGGAGAAAGGUCCGUGGUGGACUUCCCUUGGUGACAUGCUCUCUUCGUCCCACGGGAAUCUAUGGCGAAGGCCACCAGCUCAUGCUUGAUUUUUACCACCAGGCCCGGCGCACUGGUGGGUGGCUUUUCAGGGCCAUCCCUCCCUCUGUGGAACAUGGCAGAGUUUAUGUAGGCAAUGUUGCAUGGAUGCAUGUGCUGGCAGCUAGAGAGUUAGCCUCCAGGGCCACCACCAUGGGUGGGCAAGUCUACUUCUGCUAUGACAACUCCCCUUAUAAGAGCUAUGAAGACUUCAACAUGGAGAUCCUGGGCCGCUGUGGCAUUCGCAUCCUGGGAACUCGGCCCCUUCUUCCCUAUUUCGUCUUGUUCCUUUUGGCCACUCUCAAUGCUUUCUUGCAGUGGCUACUCCGGCCCUUCUUGGUCUAUGCACCUUUAUUCAACCCCUACACUCUAGCCUUGUCAAACACCACUUUCACUGUGCAGACAGACAAAGCCCAGAAGCAUUUUGGCUAUCAGCCCCUCUAUGACUGGGAGGACAGUAGAGACCGCACUGUUUCCUGGGUAAAGACCAGAAAGGGGUGCCCUGAUCCCCUUCCCCAUGGCCAGGCCCCAAAGGCAGGAGAUCCUGGGCUCUAGAUUCUAUCCUCUGAUCCCAGCCAUGGGCUGUUCCCAUUUAGUGACCUAGUGCUAAUUAAGGUUACCCUGGGUUCCCACGAUUGCCCCUAUCCAGGGACUUUUUCACCCCAGGACCAAGGCAUGGCAAGUUUCAAAAUUUUACAUCUUUUUCUCUAACUCUGCUGAGGGAAAUUUCACACCUACUCCCAGGGCCCAGAGCUGGGAGAAGGCAGAUGCUAAAUGCCAUUCCCUGCCCCCCAUCCAUCCAGAGGAUACCUAGCCCUCUCUACUAUGCCGGAAGAGACCCAGCCUUGGGAGAGGUGUCCCUAGGUUCUAGAACCCCUGCAGUGACUCCAGUCAGUGACCCAACCCCCUCUGCACAGGGACAGCAGUUCCCCGGGUUCCCAAGAGUACCCCUGGUCCUUGAAUCUGAAACUCCUGGUGCCCCCACCCCAAGCCCUGACACAUUCUAUUAAGCUCCUGGCCACUUUGUCCUUCCCUCAGGACUCCCCACGAAACAGGCUCCUCCCGCCAUCCUUCCCAACAAAGAUUUUGAAAUUAAACAUAUUUGCCCUUCC